AUGAAGCUCCAGCCACCAGUGUUUGCAGCCCUGGGAUUCCUGGCCCUGGUGACCCCAGCCUAUGGGGGCUGGACAAACUGUGGAACUCACUUCCCAGGACGCUGCAGGCUGGAGUGUGGCUUCUUGGAACGAGCACUGUUCAUGUGUGACAGGUACAGGCAGUGCUGUAUCAAAGACCCCAUCCCGUCCAUCCUGAAGAUGGGGAAAACUGCCCCCACCUGGCCUGCAGUCCCUACCCUUGGUGCCAUUUUUACUAAGGCGGAGCGUCACUUUGAGAAGCAUCCAACUUGUGACCUGUGA